AGCUUUUCAAAUAGUUUCUGCAUUAUUGUUAUGCUUGGGAAAGGGUACUAUAACCGUUCCAAAUCUGUUUGUUCCGCUCUUGUAGAAGAACAGGAUGGUAAUAACGAAAGAAAGAACUCCAUGAUAGUAAAAUGUGUCAGUAAAAAGUCUGUAAAAUUUCCUGGGGAAUGUAAUCUUGUUACAUGUGUGAUAAACCCAGCUGAUCCUUGGUUAAACAGACAGUGCUUAUCACCUGCUGAGUUAAUCAGCGUUUAUAAACUUCAAUGUAAUCUCUCUUCGAUCCAACCUUUGUAUAGUGUCAUUUCGCAGUUACAAUCUAUAGAUUUGAGGCAGUCGCUAGAACGGAAACACGUUUUUAGUCUUAAGGGAUGUCAACUUAAUGGUGGACAUAUUGAUAUGUUGGAGUAUGUUUUCAAAUACGUCCAAUUUCACUACUUAAAUUUGGAAAACACCAAUCUUGAUGACGAGUCUGUUGAAUCAUUAUAUGAAAUUUUGAGUUAUUAUGAAACAUGUACAGGAUUGUGUUUGGCUCGUAACCCUAAUGUUACGUCUACCGGCUGGAUUCCUGUCGCUUUUCUAUUUCGAGAAGUGCCGUAUAUGAAAUGGCUUGAUUUAAGAGAAAAUAACUUGGGUUUAACUUUUGUACAAAUAUUAUCAUCAUCUCUUCGUAUACCUCCAAAAGAAGUUAAACCAAAACAGUUUAAAAAAGAAAGUUUCGAUAAAAAUUGUAGUCGUCUCUCCGAGAAAUCAUCUGAUAAGUAUACUUUCGAAUUUUCUAAAAGUGUAUCGAUUUCAGAAUCAAAUUUAAGUUCAUCAAAAACACUGCCUUUUCAUUCACGUGGGUUACAUUUUGGUUGUACAGGUAUUAAUGGGCAAUUAUUAAAUAUACUGAUUCCGGGGAUUCGUUUGGGUUGUAUUACUGAUCUUCGAUUACCCGAUAAUGGGAUUACUGGAUCUGAUGCUAAAUUUUUAGUGCCGUUGUUACGUUAUAGUUCUCAUCUGAAAUAUUUAGAUCUGAGUAGAAAUCUACUUGGGGACUUGGGUUGUUCAACUAUAUCACAGGCAUUAGCUUCACCUUGUUUUUCAUCCGAAAUUCUCGAUUCAGGUGAAAAUCAACGCGGUUUAAUCCGAUUGUUUUUAUCAGAAAAUAUGAUAACCAGAUCAAGUAUGAAUAAAUUGGCAACUGGACUAAUACGCUGCACACGUUUAACAACAUUACAAUUAUCUGGCAAUUUAAAUAUUGGCUCUUCCGGUUUAUUUGAUUUGAAGUCAAGUCUUAUCAGUUGUCCAUGUUUAAAGCGUUUGGGUAUUGCAUUUUGUGGCAUUGAUCAUGAUGGUGCAACAUGCAUUACAGAGAUAUUAAUAAAAACAUCUCGUUUCAAAAUAAUAGAUCUGACAGGAAAUCCUAUUGGCAUAGAAAAUUGUUUAGCAUUAUUAAACUCUUCAGCUUAUUUAGAUGAAAAAGUUAGAAUAAUAGGUUUAGAGUUUCAACCUUCAUCGUUAAUGCGGUACGCAAGAGAGUUAUCGGAAAAAGAAAAUAAUAGUCUUUUACAUCAAAGUAAUGUUUCCUCUAUAUUUGUGAAAAUUUACAGUUAUUAUUACUUUGGGUGGAUAUUUGACCAUGUUUAGAAUAUGUAAUAAACAAUUAAUUUGUCGUCAGACAAGUUUUCAUGUUCCUAAUGCAAAUAAAGAUAAUUCACAAGUUCAAAGUAAUGGACUGAAUCCAGAUCGAGAUUAUCAUCGGCUUAAGCAUAAAAAUCGGAGACAUUCUCAGAUCAGUUCAUCGAAAUACUCAAUUUAUGGAAAAACUAAGUUCACUUCCCUACCUACAAUCGACUACAAUCAUAAACCAUAUUCAGAACUUAAUCCACAAUAUUUGUGGGGUGACAGUUCAGAUGAUGACAAUAGAGUGAAUGAUACUGAUGAUGAUAAUGUACCUGUAAUUACAAAAACAAAUAGAAAUUACUUUUCAGAACAAAACUGCAGGCAAACUAGAGAAAACGAAUGGACAAAACAUCAUUCUAUCAGUUGAAUCGUAUUCAUAUUUUCAUAAGAUUCAAAUAUUUUAUGGAAAAAUUCCUCUCGCUGUCUUCAGUCUUAUCUAAAUUGUUAGAUUUAUACAAAUGUACCGAAUAAACUUAAAUAACGCAAACUACACAGCUCUUACUGUGUACUUGUAUCACUCAUGUAAAGUCGUCAUAUUUUUGUCAACAGUCUUCUUAUGAAUAUAUGUAUUUUUCCACGACUACAUUUCCUUAAAUUUACUAUAAAUCUUCGAAAUUUCAAUGUUUAGCUAAAGAUUAUCAUGGCAAGAUCACCAUGUCAAUCAAUUGCGU